UCCCGUCCAGUCCCCGCGCCCCGCGCGCGGCUCGUUACGGCGGCAGGAAGACAGACCGGCGAGUGAACCGGGGGGCGGCGUGACCCCGCGCCUCCACCCGCAGGGCGUCCCCAGGCGGGGUCUGCGCUGGCUGGCCGGGGGCGGGAGCAGACGCUGUCCCGGGCACGAAGGACAGCGGAUGGGGGCCUUCGUCCCCGUCCUGCCAGCACUGGGGGCCGCCCAGCACCCCUCUUGCGGCCCUUCCUGGCGCGCCAGCCCCCAGCCCCUGCCCGCGCCCACACCUGCGUACCCCCCCGCCCCGCCCCUUCCCCUCCCCCUCCCCAACCCUGGAUGUGUCUGGGGGCCGCGCCCACCGGGGGCCGGACGCACCAGCUGAGCCGCCGGCGCGACUGCUCGGUCCGGAUCGCUCGCUCCCGCUGCCACAGCAGCGGCUGGGGCGCCGCGUCGGGGCCGGGAGCGGGGCCAUGCUGGGCCGGCGGCGCGUCUUCGCUGUGGAGCCGCUCGGCGGCCGGGAUGGGGCUGGUGAGGACCAGGCACAAGGUUGUGUAGUGGCCAGAGUCACCAGCACCUACAGACGGAUCCCAGAUGCUGCUCAAGGGUGCUCAUCAGACUCCUGGAAGGGGGGUGGAGAGCUGAGAAGUCUCGGGAGGCAGAUACCGCUUCUCAACCUGGCCUCCUGGGACUCAGGAGUGGAGAUGGUGGUUGGGGACAGCCCCCUGGCCACCUCACCGGGCCUUUCUCAGGACUCUCUGGACUUUGAGCCCAUGGGGAGCCCUGAGCCCCUGGCCCUUGCUGCCAUGACACCUCCUGCCCACCUAGGCCAGCUCUUGGCCAGCCAUAAGCUGGAGCAGGUCCUGGAGCAGUCCCGCCAGCUCCCGACUUCCCUUGCCAGCUUGUCACAACACCACCGCUCCCCGAAGCCACCAAGCAAGCCUGAGUGUGAAAUGCUCCUUUUUGGAGCAGAAGAUCAGGAGGCCACCAAGCCAGGAGCUGACCCAGGGUCAGGCCCGGAGGAAGCAGAGGUGGUGGGGAGCUUGGGGCCUGGAGCCUGGGCCUGCUGCCCAGGGCAGGGGCUUUGCUACCUGGAACACCUGUGCCAGGUGCUGGAGCAGAUGGCCAGGCUCCAGCAGCUCCACCUGCAGCUGCAGACCCAGAGGCCCCUUGGGGAUCCUGAAGAGGAGGAAGGGCUGGCCCUGGCCUCUUUACCUCCACCUUCUCGUGCCCCAGGCAGUGACGCACACAGGUCAUGGGAGCUGCUCAGCCAGACACAGGAGACAGGGGCAAAAGCAGCUUCCCCCCUAAAGGCAGGCGUGCCCAGCGUCAAGCCUCCCAGGCUGUCAGAGGCCCCAGCAGAGCCAGCUCACGUCUUUCCAUCCUCCCAGGGACACAAGCGGGAUCUCUCCCACUGGAACAAGGUCAAGGUCCUGCUCAACCGGAUCCGCUGGAGGAGCCCUCGACACCCUGAGCCCCCUGCCCCUCCUGCUGGCCCUGCCCCCAGGAUUGAGUCAAGAGACCUCCCUGAAAGGCCUCCGUACCACCCCCUCCGGAAGACCUUUACGCCAUCAUUAGUGGUUAAGAAGCAACGAGCAAAAAAUCUUUCUGUGUGCUGAGACCUCCUGGUGCAGGGACGUGACCCUGGGUGGAGGAGUGCCCUCUGCCCUAUUGCUGCUUCUGGACACUGGCGGGAAAAGCUGCUGAUGCUUGCCCUUCUCUCUGAGGCAAGGGCUGAGACUUUCUGCCCUGAGCUGCUUGGCAGAGGAUCCCUGGUUUCCUGAGGGCCCCAGCGUGCAGCAGCUCCCGGGCUCCUCCCUGGUUGCCAGAAAUCCCUGGGCUUAGACAAUGUGAACCAACUUACUGAUCAGGCGUCCAUGGAGUGUGUUUGGCAUGGUGACCUGUCGGGGCCCACAUGUUGCAGAUGUGUAUUUGUGCAAAAGGAUGUCUCUCUCUCUCUGAGACCAUCAGCGCUGUGACCUGGCUGGAUCCAGUCAUCUCUCCUGAAUCAUUCACUCAAAAGGUUGGCCUUCUGGGGGAGGUCACUGCAGAAGGGUAAAACCUUCCUUCCUCAGUGGGCAGUUACUGCUCUGGAGGCCUGCUCUCCUCCACAUCCCUGCAUGGGCAGCCCCAGGACAGAGAAGGGCGCUAUCUUGUCUGCCUUGGCGUUGAGUCUUGCCCAUGGAGACUGCACCAGGAGCGGAAGGGUCAAGCACAAUGUGGGGAACAGCAGAGUAACCGUCAAGGUCUGUUCUCAGCUGCUCUGCUCCAUACUAGCCUUUACACGGCAGAGCGGAAGCCAGAGGUCCAUACCAGCUUUGAGACCCUGACAAAGUCCCUUGACUUUUCUGAGUCAUAGCUUCCCACCUAAUCUCCCAAAUGGUGUAUUGAUGCCUGCCCUACCUACCUCACAGGCUUAUGAGGAUAAAGUGAGAUUAAACUGUCUCAAGGUGC